AUGUAUUACUUCGACGAUAACACUGCCGACACAGGAUUGGAAGCACAGAGUUUCAUGGAAGAUGUGUUGCAUGGCACAAUUGACGUAAUCAAUCCUCUUUUUGUUGCCGAACGUGUAUGUGCUGGUGUGGAUCAAUCGACAGCAUGUGAAUCACAGUACGUCGAUGACUGCAGACACUGGCCCAAUCCCAACGUUAAUCUUCCGAACGUUACGCAAACGAUGCACGAAUUGAUUGAUAGAAUUGAUUAUCUGAGCUGCAUACCGCAGAAAAGGUUGGCUUCAUUUAAUGCAAACUGA